AUGCUGUGUCCAUUUAAAUAUCCCUCUCUCUCUCUUUCACUCAAUCUGUCUGAUUACAUACAGCCUGCUCCGAUGUUAUCCUCCUCUGGAAGCUCCCUCUUAUGGCGGAACCGUGCACCUGCACCUGCACCUCGGCCUCCGCCUCCGCAUUACUUUCCAUUGUCUUCCAGUAUAGGGUUUGGUCACAGAAGCACAACUUCUCCUCUUUCUUGUUCCUCUGAUAUUGCCCCUGGAUUCAAUCCCUGGUCAGAGUUCGCUCAAAAUGUCUCCGGCGAAUGGGACGGUUUCGGAGCAGAUUUCUCGCGCGAAGGGAAGCCGCUGGAACUACCUGAAUCAGUGGUUCCAGAAGCCUAUAGAGAAUGGGAAGUGAAGGUGUUCGAUUGGCAGACGCAGUGUCCCACUCUUGCCCAGCCCGACGCUCAGACCUUUCUUUACAAAUCCAUCAAACUCCUCCCCACCGUUGGAUGUGAAGCGGAUGCAGCCACCCGUUACAGCAUCGACCAGAGGAGCAUCGGGGCAACCAAUUUGUCUGCAUUAGCAUUUUCUUUCUCUGUCACUGGCUCCUAUGUCGCUGUGUGGCCCCUCGGGAACGACCAGCUUGAGGUGGAGCAUUGCCUGAUCAAUCCUAACGACAAGGAGUCUCGUGUGAGGAUUUUCCAGGUUGUCCGCUUAGCAGAGACCAGCAUGUUGUUGCAGAGUGUCAAAGUCUUCCGUGAGCUUUGGGACGGUCCGUUCAGAGAUGGCGAUCAGCUCGGAGGUUGUGCCAUCCGUAGCUCCGGCUUUGCUUCCACGCCUACCACACCAGCUUCAGUGGUCGCCGGUUCGUGGAGAGCUCUACUCGCUACCGCUAGCUUUCACGCUUCUGAUUCAGGUUGCAUUCAACAAGCUACUGGCGAGAAGGUGACUGAGAUUGCGCGAGAAGAAAAGGAUCUUCUAUUGCUUCCGCAAGAGCUGUGGUGCUCGCUCCAAGAAAGCAAAGACCGCGAAAGAGUAUUUUCGGUAGGAUGGUUGUUUGAGCCAGGCCAUGCGAUCACAUCGACCUGUGUCUUCUCCAGCGAUUCUAAGCUAAAGGAGGUAACAAUGGGAAGAGAGACUGCUCUAUCAUCAGAUGUAUAA